UUCGUGUUCAUCCAUCCCACGCGCGGCGAACACGCAUCCGCAUCCACGCCCUCGCAGUCCGGAUUCCAGGGCGAGAUCCUGCGGAUACGCGGUCCCACGGAUACGUUCGGCGCGGGGCUUCCGCGAGAACAUGCACCACAGCACCGAGGUCGAGGCCGUGGGGAACGGAUGUGCGUUUUCGCCCACGGCCAUCCUGUUGGUUCCCAGCCUUGCUGAGAGGGCCCGCGUUUAGCGCCCCACGGCAGGGGCAGCAGCCGCGCGGCAGCAUGGCCCCUCAGAGGCGCCUGGCCAACAAGGGCCCUUCCGAAGGGCAGGCCGCGAAGAGGACGCGCGUCUCGCAGGAGGAGGACGGCGAUCCGCAGCACGCCAUCGUGCUGGCCCGCGGGGAUGCCGGAGCCGAGGACAGCCAGCUCUCGCACAUGACGGCGGGCAAGGGCAGGGGCCUCAAGGCGGUGCAGACGUCGAAGGACAUCGCCACGAAUCGGAAGGGCAUCGAUGGCAGCGAGGUC